AUGACAAGUUGGCGUAAAAAGUUCUUAGGUAAAUCGCAUCGUCUGAAUGAAAAUGACGAACAAAUGUUGAAUAACACCGUUAAAUAUCGAAAAAAAUUAAUUUCCGCUAUGGGUCAAAUUAGUCGAACAAAAAAAACAGUACAAAGAAACCUCGAUGGCCCUGAUUCAGAAAUUCAUGGCAAGUUGCUAGAAAUAAGUGGUUUAAUCGAUUCUUUAGCUAUGCGGCAUCAAUUAGCUUCAAGAAUUUUCAAUGAAUACGCUUUUGACUCAUUACAUCAGUCAUUACGGAAAUUAAAUGAUCAUGUUCAGGGUGAUUGUGAAAAAGCAAAAAUGGUGUUUGAAGAAGCAGUAUCAAAUAAUUGCUCGGAACAUACAAAAAAACAAUUACGAUCAAAAGUGCAAAAUGAAUGGGGUAAACAUCAAAAGUUAGCUGUUAAGGAACUGAAAAGCAGUUUAUCAUCAUAUAGCCGUAUUGGGUUGUAUAAUUUGAAAUUACAGACAGCAAUACUCGAAAAACUUCAAAGUUACGUUGAUCAACUGCCUCAUGAUGAUGAUAACAAUAACGGCAACGAAAAUCAAAACAGUGAGCAGUUAAUAUCAAAUACAAAUGUCGGCUUGCCAGAUUUUUCUACAAACAGUGUUCAAAUGCGUCGAGAAAUCGAUACAAUGUUACGUAUUAUGCUUGAUGCAGUUCCAAAUGAAUUACCACAAUCAAAACGUCAUAAAUUUUUUGAUUCGCUUUAUUCACCAGAAAUAACAGAAGCUGCACGUAUGAGUGAUUACUCAUUACAAAAUCAGACAACAACAGAUCCUGGUAUUCCUCAAUAUCCAACAAUUUUAUCGCCAUCAAGUAAUAAUUAUUCUACAAGACAACAAUCUCAUUUAUUCUCACCUGUAUCGCAUGGUUAUAACAUAUACAAUCAACAUCAUCAAAAUGAGAUAUCUGCGCCAGAUGAUAAUUUACCAUCAUAUACGGAUCUGUUUGUUGUUCCAAGCAAUUGUAAAGGAUAUAAUCCUAUUCGUCGAAGUUCACGUUUGAUUAAUCAAUAA